AUGGCGGUACCCAAGAUCCUUGUCUGCCGAACGAUGCCGUCCUCGGUGCUGAAACGAGCCGAAGCGGCUGGUCAAGUGCAACUCAUUACACGACCUGACGCUGAAGGUGAGCAAGCACCGUCGCGAGAAUGGGUGCUGUCGAACUUGCGCAACCACUCGGUGUGUGGCGCGGUGAUCUGCCUUUCCGAGAAGGUGGAUGCCGAGUUCCUGGAUGCAGCAGGGGCAUCACUCAAAGUGAUUUCCACCAUGUCGGUUGGUUACGACCACAUUGACCUCGCGCUGUGCAAGGAACGUGGCGUUCGAGUGGGCAACACUCCGCGCGUGCUCGAUGAUGCCGUGGCCGAAGUCUGUCUUCUUCUCGCAUUGAUGGUGACGCGCCAGGUGCCGCUUGCGAUUCGAACGGUGCGCCAAGGUGAAUGGCCACAGAACCCUUGGACACCGACGUGCUUUACGGGACCUCAGAUUCGAGGCAAGACAAUCGGAUUUCUGGGAUUCGGUAACAUUUCCCAAUCGCUCUGCAAGCUGCUGGUCGCUUUCAAACCAGCAAGAAUCGUGUAUACGACGUCGAAGCCAAGGCCUUUCGACGAGCACGACGCGUACUUUGCCUCGUUGAUGCAAGAUCGUUUUCCCGUCCAGACGAUCCAGGUGGAGAAUGUCGAGGACAAAUUCGAGAUGGCAAACCAAGCCGAUCUCGUAUUUGUGAUGGUCGAUCUGAAUCCCAGCACCAAGCACAUUGUUAGCAAGCAAUUCUUGGACGCCAUGAAGCCGUCGGCCUACAUGAUCAACGCAUCGCGUGGUGGCACUGUCGACACAGCCGCGUUGGUCGACGCACUCCGGAACGACAAGAUCGCCGGAGCCGGACUGGACGUUAUCGAAGGAGAGCCAGUCGUCCACGCGGAUCACCCUCUGCUCGCGCCUGAUUGCAGAGACAAAGUGGCGCUGUUACCGCAUAUCGGCAGUGGCACCACCGAGACACGUCGAGCUAUGGCGGAUAUGACGAUGAACAACCUGCUCGGUGCGCUGGGGUUGAGGCAGGAGAGCGGACAAGAGUCGAGCAUGGAGGCGGAGCUCUAA